AUGGCUGACAGGGCCGAGGAGAUCCAGGAAUAUGCUGACCGCAGCGAAUCAAAGGACUGCUUCGCUGCGCUCGAGAUCUACGGCCCCCCAAUCAAAGGAACAGCACCGCUUCUCAGUUCCGAGGGAACAAUUCUGCUGACGGCGAAGCUACAGGAUCUGAUGCGCUGGACUGGACACUUCGGAAGCAUCUUUAACCGCUCCUCCACAAUCUCCAACGCUGUCAUUGACCGGCUCCUCCAAAUAGAAGUGGACAUCUGCCUAGAUCUCCGUCAACCCCUCCAUAAAUCCUCCGCAUCGCGCAACAACUCUUCAGCGGGAAAUCACCAGGCUUCGAUGCGAUCUCAGCUGAAAUCUACGAACCCGAUGGCCAACGAUUGGUGCAUCAAGUCACGGCGGUAUUUCUGGCGAUGUGGCGGUAUUUACAGGUCCCUCGUGAUCCCAAGGAUAGGAAUAUCCAGCAACAGAAGUUCGUUGUUGGUGGGACGCCAUAUACCAUGACGAUCGAACGCUUCCGCCAAGCAGUGUGGUGUAUUACCACACUUGCGUUCAAGAUAGCGAUACAUAUUAGUUUUCCUGUAUUCAGCACAGAUAUGGGGAUCCUCCCCCUCCGUAGAUCUUAUGCUUAAAAUUAUCGUAAAUUAGGCCGUGGUUAUAGCGAGGUUUCCUAAUGGGUGGUGAGUUGCAUGUUAAUGCUGUCAAUUUUAACGUUGAACGCAACUGUAAUCGACGUUCUUCCUCCAGAAUGUGUACCCUACUUCAGCUACUAUCCAAUCCUUGAUCUGAGCGUCACCGAGAACGGCUGUCCCCCCCUCGCAUCGGACCGUCUCUCCGACGAUCAGAUCCUUCCUCCUUUCUGA